AUGGCAGCCUCUGAAACUGCCCCGCCUCUGGAUAUCUUAGUUCGUGGCCCAGAAGGGUUCUCGCUCUGGAAUGGGCCCCCAUUUAGCAAUGGGCAACCUGGUAUCAAGCUUGAAAACAUUUCCUGCACAAGUACAAAAUUCAGUGAAGAUGGAUCGAGGCUGAUGGUGAUGAAAUCUGAUUCAGUAAUUAGCAUAUAUGAUUGCAGCAGCUACAGGGAGAUCAGAUCUUUUCAAAUCCCCAAUGUUGCUGCAGCUGCCUUGUCCCCACGUGGGACUUAUCUGCAAACUUUUCAGAAAUCAUCAACGCCACAGGAGAAGAAUGUCAUCUUAUGGAACACCGAGACUGGUGAUCCUGUUUAUCAACAAUUCCAAAAGAACAUGACAAAAGCUACAUGGCCCUCAAUUAGAUUCAGCUCUGAUGAAGCUGUUGCAUGUCGACUGGCAACAAAUGAGAUACAAUUUUUGGAUGCUGGAGAUUUCUCUAAACCAUUUAUAUAUCGGCUAAGAGUUCCUGGAGUGGCUGCAUUUGAGCUUUCUAAGGCACCUGGCUCCCAUGUGGCAGCAUUUGUUCCAGAAUCCAAGGGGAUUCCUGCCAGUGUCCAGAUAUUUUCUUGUGCAAAAGCUGUACAGAGUCAACCUCUUGCUCGACGGAGUUUCUUCCGAUGUUCAUCAGUGCAACUGCAUUGGAAUAAUGGCUCAACCGGGCUUUUAGUUGUGGUACAGUCAGAUGUUGAUAAAACCAAUCAGAGUUACUAUGGGGAAUCAAAGCUCAACUACUUGACAACAGAUGGGACCCAUGAAGGACUUGUACCUCUUCGUAAAGAGGGGCCUGUUCAUGAUGUUCAGUGGGCAUAUUCUGGAUCGGAAUUUGCUGUAGUUUAUGGCUUUAUGCCUUCAAAAGCGACUGUGUUUGACAAGAAGUGCAAUCCUCUUCUUGAGCUUGGAACGGGUCCGUACAAUACUAUCCGAUGGAAUCCAAAGGGAAAAUUUCUGUGUUUGGCAGGCUUUGGUAACUUACCUGGUGAUAUGGCAUUUUGGGACUAUGUGGAGAAAAAACAGCUUGGGACAACUAGGGCUGAAUUGUCUGUGACAAGCGAAUGGUCUCCAGAUGGAUGCUAUUUCAUGACUGCGACAACUGCACCAAGACUUCAAGUCGACAAUGGGAUUAAGAUUUUCCACCACAACGGGUCAUUAUUCUUCAAGAAGAUGUUUGACAAGUUGUACCAGGCUGAUUGGAAACCAGAGUCACCAGAUAGGUUUGGUGACAUUGCCGAACUUGUCAAGUCCAUAGGAUCAUUAAAAGUUGUCGAAACAAAACCUCAAGGAGACAGGUCCAAAAUUUCUCAGACCUCUGCAAAAGCUAGCGCUAGCAACCCUCCUGCCCAAAAGCCUGCUGCUUAUCGGCCCCCACAUGCUAAGAGUGCUGCUGCUGUUCAGGCUCAGCUGUUUGGAGAGAGCUCUACAGAGACGGUGAGCAAGAAUGCAUUGAAAAACAAGAAGAAAAGGGAGAAGCAAAGGGAGAAAAAGGCUGCUGAGGCUACCAGUGGUACUUGA